AUGGAUGACGCUUUCAUCGGCAUCCACUUCCUUCACCCAACUCGCCCGCUCACCACUUUCCCGGACGGGGAACCUCUUCGGUCAGUCGCCGGGAGCCAUAUUCUCGCUUUCCGGCGCCAGCUCGACGGUAUCGACGAAAUUUUGGAAUCCUGGAAUGCUGUCCAGCACGUGAUCAGCACGCCGGUCAACGGGGAUGCCGGUGUCGCACACCAAGCUGUGUUUGUCGUAGCGGCGGCGCUUCAAUCUUCGAAAAAGCUUGACAAAAAAUGGCUUGCUAGUACCCUCCGGAUUGAGUUAUCGCGCCCCAACCCAUCGUUGCAGACAUGGCGUAGCUACAUACUUGCGUUUCGACAGCCGACGGCGGCAGCUCCCUUGGCUUGA